UUAUACCCCUUUAAGCGUAUUACCCAUCACUGAGGAAUUCUCUGGAAAAAUAGGCGCUUGCGUUUCUGCCAGUUUGCACGUGACUGUUCCGGACCGUAGAGCGUUUUCAUAAGUCAACCAUAUCGCAAUGCUGAAAAGAUUCCUUUCACCAAUUGCUGAAGCCAACAGCCAAGACGAGCUCAGCUCUCCCCAGGUCAACAGCUCCAACGGAUCGUCUUUGAAACGGAAACGCAGGUCACACAGCUUCUCGGAUUGGUCCGGCAAUCUGGAGAGAUUGGGAUUGCGGCACAUGACGAAGCGCGCCAUGUUGGAGGACACUGAUGGGAGAUCUCUUGAAAAAGCUGCCAAAGAGAAGGUCAAGUCGAAGGAGCAUGCACCUCUGAAGGGACUGGCUCCAUACAUGUUGCGUGAGAAGUUUGGAAUCCGCGUGGCUAGUAUUUGGACCAAUGCUGGCUACGUGAUGGUGAUCAGGGAACCCAGGAAGCCUAGGGUAGAAAUAAUUAAUACCAGUUCCGGCAGUUGGCUGGAGAAGCGGUAAUUGUUCCACGAAACUCACUUAUAUGAAUACAGAAUGUAUAUACCAUAAUAACCAUAUAUAU